AGAGGCGGGGUUUAUGCAAAUGAGGCGCAGUGAGGAGACGCUCGAGCUUCAGUGAGGCACUUUGUGAACACCACUUCAUAUGAUCUUUCGUCGAUAUAAAAUCAUCGCAACAUGGCUUCAAAGUGCCCCAAGUGUGACAAGACUGUGUAUUUUGCUGAGAAGGUGUCAUCUCUGGGGAAGGACUGGCAUAAGUUCUGUCUGAAGUGUGGCCGCUGUAACAAAACCCUGAACGCAGGGGGACAUGCUGAGCAUGAUGGGAAGCCCUUCUGCCACAAACCAUGCUAUGCUGCCCUCUUUGGACCAAAAGGUGUGAACAUUGGCGGAGCAGGGUCCUAUGUGUAUGAAGCCCCCGUCAGCAAUAACCUAGCCUCUACUGACUUGAACGCCCCACCCAAGCCUGCUGAGGAGAAGAAAGUGUUUGCACCCAGGGCACCUGUCAAAGCUUCCAGCAUCACCACCUUCUCUGGUGAGGCCAACCUGUGUCCCAGGUGCAGCAAGAAGGUCUACUUUGCUGAGAAGGUGACGUCCCUGGGGAAGGACUGGCAUCGGCCCUGUCUCCGCUGUGAGAGGUGCAGCAAGACCCUGGCCGCUGGCAGCCACGCAGAGCAUAAUGGCCAGCCAUACUGCCACAAGCCAUGCUAUGCUUGUCUCUUUGGACCCAAAGGAGUGAACACUGGAGGUGUUGGCAGCUACAUCUAUGAGAAGGACGUCAGCACAGAGGCCCAGCCCUGAGCUACUGCGGUCUGUCAGGUCCCCAGCCUCAACCUAAGCUCUCCAAUACUAAUACCACAAUCCAACACAGUAUUAUUAACACUAGGCUUUAGCCCCUAUAGCUCCUUCUAUAAGCAGCCCUGAGAGACCCAAGGCCUCUCUUCCAGCUCCUCCCAUUUAACCCCUGACCCCAAAUAUUUCACCACCUGGCCCAGCCCACCUCGGCCUCCUAGCACUGCAGUCCUCUAAUAUACACUAAUAUAUAUACACUAAUAUACAUAUACACUGACCAAAAGUAUGUGGACACCUGUUAGUUGAUUCCAAAAUCAUGGGCAUUAAUAUGGAGUUGGUCCCUCCUUUGCUGCCACAGCAGCCCCCAAUCUUCUGGGAAGGCUUUCCACUAGAUGUUGGAACAUUGCUGCAGGGACUUGCUUCCAUUCAGCCACAAAAGUAUUAGUGAGGUCGGGCACUGAUGUUGGGCGAUUAGGCCUGGCUCGCAGUCUGUGUUCCAAUUCAUCCCAAAGGUGUUUGAUGGGGUUGAGGUCAGGACUCUGUGCAGGCCAGUCAAGUUCUUUUACACCGACCUCGACAAACCAUUUCUGUACGGACCUCGCUUUGUGCACGGGGGCAUUGUGUCAUGCUGAAACAGGCAAGGGCCUUCCCCAAACUGUUGCCUCAAUGUUGGAAGCACAGAAUCGUAUGCAAUGAAUGUUAUAGUAUGCUGUAGAGUUAAGAUUUCCCUUCACUGAAACUAAGGGGCCUAGCCCGAAUCAUCAAAAACAUUGGGGCAGGUAGCUUUCUCCUGGCAUUCGUCCAUUGGAACUGCAAGAUGGUGAAGCAUGAUUCAUCACUCCAGAAAACACAUUUCCACUGCUCCAGAGCCCAAUGGCGGCGAGCUUUACACCACUCCAGCUGAUGCUUGGCAUUGCACAUGGUGAUCUUAGGCUUGUGUGCAGCUGCUCUGCGAUGGAAACCCAUUUCAUGAAGCUCCUGACGAACAGUUAUUGUGCUGACGUUGCUUCCAGAGGCAGUUUGGAACUCAGUAGUGAGUGUUGAAAAUGAGGACAGACUAUUUUUACACGCUUCAGCUUUCGGCGGUCCUGUUCUGUGAACUUGUGUGACCUACCGCUUGUUGCUCCUCAACGUUUCCACUUUACAAUAACAGCACUUACAGUUGACUGGGGCAGCUCUAGCAGGGCAGAAAUGUGACGAUUUGACUUGUAGGAAAGGUGGCAUCCUAUGACGGUGCCACGUUGAAAGUCACUGAGGUCUCCAAUAUUUGUCUAUGGAGAGUGCAUGGCUGUGUGCUCGAUUGUAUACACCGGUCAGCAAUGGGUGUGGCUGAAAUAGCCACAUCCACUAAUUUGAAGGCGUGUCCACAUACUUUUGUAUAUAUAGUGUAGCUUGACGCUUCCCAAACACUUUAUUAAAUUAUAUUUUAUUUACGCUUCAAAAAGAAAAAAUAAUUCAUGGAACACAAUUUAGCCCUGAGUGGGUUCUUCAUAUUACUGUAUGGAGCUACCAUUCUCUCUCCCCACUGAAACAUAAGUUCUUCACCUUUUAUGAGUUCAUGAUUAGAUUGUCAUGUUUAUGUAUAUUUACGAGCGUGGAUAUAAGCACAUUAUACUGCAAUAAAACAUUUUUUUAUUUCCCUUUUAUUUAACUUUAAGUACCCCUAACGCGGCCUUUGAGGGGGAGUUUAGAGACGAGACCAGGUGAAAUAGGUCAUAUGAUCCCUGUCUGUAACAUAACAAAUAUAUUUCCUCAGAUUAGUGAUACAUGGUGUUUUUAGGGGUGUUGCGUUGUCAUGGUAACAUGCUGACAGGCAUGCAGGUGUACCUGGGAGAGAGGGAGUAGUCUGGCGGCAGGUGCAGGUGGUGCUGUUUCAGGAGCACCACUUUAAAUCCCUCCUGCUAGAUUUAUGGGUUAAGACCUAGAUUUAUACAGUUUUGGCCGCAGACUACAUUCCUGAUCAAAUGGAUGAUAUAAAAAAAAGUAUCUGGGGUUUAAGUUCCAGAAAGAGUCUGGAUCAUUUUAAAAGAUGGUAUUUUAGGGUUGUGGGUCAAUAAGGGUAGCCAGGUUCAUGAUCUGUUUGUACUGUUUUGCCUAUGGUCAUUGCACGUCAAUGGAUACCAUAGUAUCCACACAGCACAUACACAUCUGGAACCAGGCUAUUUUGAGGAUCCUGUUACUGGGUUGACAUGGUACAGUAGAUUGUUUAUGCACAGUACUGCAUUGGGUUCCAGACAUGGAAAUCAUUUUAAAUUGGGUUUGAAAUAAACAGGAUGUGUUUAUUCAUUUGUUAAGAAUAAGAAGACCAUACCAGUAAAAUUGCAUAAGGAAAGUGCAUUGUACUACGGCUAUGGGACAAAUGAAUGAAGGAAGGAAAAGAAGCUGGGGCAACAUAAACUUGUAGGAUAUAGAGUGAUGACCAUCGGUAAGCUGUACAAUUCGAUAUGGUCAGAAUGUUACUGUAGUAAGAAACCCUUGAUGUAUUUCUACCUGAGAUUUCUAUGAGCUAACUGAAGUAUUAUACCUUAGUAGGAGGUAGCCAAUAGAAACACAGGUGCAUCUGAAAUGGCACCCUGUUCCCUGUUUAGUGCACUAAAUUCUGAACAGGGCUCCCGUCAAAAGUAUUGCACUAUGUAGGGAAUAGGAUGCCAUUUUGGGACAAACACAGAGUAACUGAAACACUGCAGACAAAGCAUUAUGUUAGAAUGUGCUUUAGUAUUAUAUAUAUAUAUAUAUAUAUAUAUAUAUAUAUAUAUAUAUAUAUAUAUAUAUAUAAAAUAGGACUGUUGUGAUGAUUUGAUUAUAAUGAUCUGUUAUGAACUGUUUUGUGUAGUAAGGCUUGAUUAAAACACUGUUUGUAGAGAAAUAAAAUGGCUGCACUUCA